UUGCCGCCCAUCCAGCUGUGGGAGCGCACGUGCCGGCCGGCGGGCGGGCGGGCGAGCGAAGCUUUGCGGUUCCUUUGGCGCAAGAUCCCGCUCUCCCUCCCCAGCCAGGCUGCCGCCUGCUCCCCGGCGCCCCCUCCCCGCCCCUUCCCGGCCGCUCCUCUGGGGGCCGAGGGGGGGUGGCAGCUUCCAGCCGACGACAGUGGCGUGUCAGGCGCUGCGAGGCGCGCUGUGCAUGUGUCACUUCGCCUCUCCCCGCCGCCCGGUGCGCCUCGCUGGCUGCGGGCUGGGGUCUCUCCCUCUCCAGCUGGGGGCGGCCUGCGAGGGACGCCGCUGAGCCCGCCCGCUGCCCGCCCCGCGGCUUACCUGCUGCUCGGCGGCGCGUCCUGCGCGCUCCUCCGCCCAGCACCAUGGACAGCGCCUUCCCCGCCAACUCCAGCACCUGCGGCCCCUUCGCGCCCCCCUCCGCCGCCUGCCCGCCCCUGCCGCCGGGCGUCUGGGGCAACCUGUCCGGGCGCCCGGAGGAGCCCGGCUGGAACCAGUCCGACGCCUGCAGCGGCGCCAACAGCAGCCACGGGGCAGGCGGCGGCGGCCCGUGCCCGGCGAGCGGGGUCAGCCCCUCCAUGAUCACCGCCAUCACCAUCAUGGCUCUCUACUCCGUCGUGUGCGUGGUGGGGCUCUUCGGAAACUUCUUGGUCAUGUAUGUCAUCAUCAGGUACACCAAAAUGAAGACUGCCACCAAUAUAUAUAUUUUCAACCUUGCCCUGGCAGAUGCCCUAGCAACAAGUACUCUGCCAUUCCAGAGUGUGAAUUACUUGAUGGGAACAUGGCCAUUUGGUACAAUCCUUUGUAAGAUCGUUAUAUCCAUAGACUACUACAAUAUGUUCACAAGUAUCUUUACACUCUGCACCAUGAGUGUGGAUCGCUACAUAGCUGUUUGCCACCCAGUCAAGGCUCUUGAUUUUCGCACUCCCAGAAAUGCCAAAAUUGUCAAUGUCUGCAACUGGAUUCUUUCUUCAACCAUAGGUCUGCCAGUUAUGUUCAUGGCAACCACAAAAUACAGGCAUGGUUCCAUUGACUGCACUCUUACGUUCUCUCACCCAGCUUGGUACUGGGAGAACCUACUGAAAAUCUGUGUAUUCAUCUUUGCCUUCAUCAUGCCAGUCCUGAUCAUUACCGUGUGCUAUGGCUUGAUGAUUUUACGCCUGAAGAGUGUCCGCAUGCUGUCUGGCUCCAAAGAGAAGGAUAGAAACCUGAGGAGAAUCACGAGAAUGGUCCUUGUAGUGGUGGCGGUGUUCAUUGUCUGCUGGACUCCCAUCCACAUUUAUGUCAUCAUUAAAGCCUUGAUCAAUAUUCCAGAAACUACGUUCCAAACAGUCUCCUGGCACUUCUGUAUCGCGUUAGGAUACACAAAUAGCUGCCUUAAUCCAGUCCUUUAUGCAUUUCUAGAUGAAAACUUCAAAAGAUGUUUCAGAGAAUUCUGCAUUCCCACUUCCUCCACUAUCGAGCAACAAAACUCCACCCGCAUCCGACAAAACACUCGUGAUCAUGCCUCCACUGCCAAUACUGUGGAUAGGACUAACCAUCAGUUGGAACUUCUGGAAGCUGAAGCCACACCGCUGCCAUGAGAGGGUGUCCUGCCGCAUAGCCUUCAAAGCAAUCACAACACCAGUGCCAAGGUGUGUUUGUGGGGAAUGUGUAGGAGACACUUCUUCCCUCCUGGAGGAAAGUGCUUGCUUUUAAAAUCCAUAAAAGUAAUUUGCCACGAAGCAAAUCUGCACGGCUCGUUACAGAAGCAUGAAACCUAAUAGCAGGCAGAGUCAGAUGAAACGGGGGCUUAGCAUGCUCCAGUGUACAAAAUAUACAUAUUCAUCCAGAAUAUAUACAUUUAUCUAAAAGGGGAAUACUGGACAUUAGUGGGGUCAGAUGGCCUGCGUUUUGCUCUGAAUGGUUACAGUAGCAUUAGGUUGGAAGCAAAAACUCAAAGGAUGGACAAAUAUAGGCUGCUUAAUGGAGGUGAUUUUCUAAUAAAUGGAAGCAGAAUUGCAUACAACACAGCAAGGGAUAUUUUGGAACAGUUUCAGCUAGAAAUGUGCUUUCUAAUGGUGUUUUCUUGCAUCGGUUACAACACGGUUUUUAUAUGAACAAUCAUCACUUAAUCAGCUACAAUAACAAAGGAGAUCAAAGCUACCUGUGUCACACAGAGAACUUUCUCAAAAAGUAUGACCCUUUCAGCAUUUUAAUGGAAAAUUACUCACUUUUUUCAAUGCUCACUUCAAAAACCCAAACCUUAACCUCCUUUUCCACUUUUAACAUACAAAAAUAUUUUACCAAUAAAAAGAAUGCAUUGUCAUUUGUUCAGGAAGAAGCAAGUGGGAAUAACAGUUGGAAAGGUUUGAUGUUCCUCUGAGUUGUUGUUGCUGGUAAAAUGGAUCAAUAAAGGGACUGCAGCUUUUUCUGUAAAUUCCAUUGUGAAUAUAUGUAUAUUGUUAAUCUUUUCAGAGCUAGCACAGUGUGUUUAUAAAUUCUCUUUGAGCUAGUUUCUCCAGUUUCACCUGUCCAAUCAGUAACAUCUCAGACACAUCCAAAUACUCAUUUUUUGUAUAGCACUCUGGGAUCCUUCAGGAUGAAAGGACCUAUAUAAAAUGUGAAUCACUAUUGUUAAAUCUGUGACGAGCUUAAGCAAAUGCAGAACUCACUGUAGGUCUUUUUUAAAAAGAAAAACAGUAAAGUUACAUUUUGCAAGUAAAUUAAUUUUUUAAAACCAAGCCCAUAACAUUUAUGUUUUUCUAAUCAAUGUAAUAAAAUUGUAGUCUCUAUUUCCAUUUUCUGUUGGCUGCUAAAGCACUUUAAAAUGUACAAAAGAAACACUGUGCAGAAGCAAUUGCUGUGUAACCUGCUCUCUGGUAUAAAAGACAACUAUCCGUGUAGAUAAAUUUGUGGUAAUAUGGUAUUUUGUAGCCACUAUUUGGUAUUUGCUGUAUAUAAUUAAAUGGUCAAGUUAUUCAUGAGGCAAAACGUACUUACAUGAAUUUACGUGCAUUGUAAAAUAAAACCUACUCUCCCUCUUGUAAUUAAAGUGCAUAUAAAAUUCUAAUA